UCACGUUUGUAUUUGGUAGCUUUAAGAGAGGAGAGGGAGGACAGCUUCUGGAUAUUUCAAUGUGUCACUAUUGUAGUAUAGACUAAUAAAUGAAAGUCAAAUACAUGUUAUGGACUUGAUUGUCUUUUUUUAUGUAGCCUUAUUACCGACGCCGUAAGCCCACCCAACCCCACACCGAGAAACACACACACACACAUCACACUCUUAUAUUCACGCACACCCACUUUGCCCUGAUCACGCUGCUGUUACCACGUCUUUAAGAGAAGCAAAGGCUAUUUGACUUGGGUCUCUCUAGGCUACAUCCAUCGCGUCGUCAAAACACUUAGAGGACUGAAGAAGCAAUAGCGGCUUUUAAACAGCAUCACAAAUAUGGUUGGGAUGAGAAGUCUGGUUGGCGUUCUGGUACCAGUUCUCGUACUGGUCGGCACAUCGAUGCAGGUGGAUGUGAAAGGUGGGAAAGAGGGAGAAAAGGCAGGGAAUUUCAUGGAAGAUGAGCAAUGGCUGUCAACCAUUUCUCAGUACAGCCGGAAGAUCAAACACUGGAAUCGCUUCAGAGACGAAGUUGAGGACGACUACAUCAGAACGGUGCCAGAAACUGCAGGCUCGGAUGAAACUGUGGACACUACCAAGGAUCCGUGCCAGGAGGUGAAAUGCAGCCGCCACAAGACCUGUGUUUCUCAGGGUUACCAGAGAGCAAUGUGUGUCAAUGUCAACCGGAAGAAACUGGAACAUAGAACCAGACCGCCAGCAGCGCUGCUGCCUCAGGAGACUGUCUGUACGCCCUGCCCCUUGGCCGCUGCCUCCCCCGUGUGUGGGACCGAUGGACACAACUAUGCCUCUAAGUGUAAGUUGGAGCAGCAAGGUUGUCUGAUAGGAAAGGAGUUGAGUGUUAAAUGCCAGGGCAUGUGCCCCUGUGCCACGGCUGCCUCCCCCAUCGCAGACACAGAGGCUAAACAUGCAAAGAGCUGCACUGGGCAAGACCUGGCGGACCUCGGAGACCGCCUCAGAGACUGGUUCCAACUGCUCCAUGGAAACGCCAAACAGAACAACUCGGGCAAGCCUGGGCCUGGUACCGCCUCAGUCCUGGACAAGAGCCUGGUGGCCAGCUGUAAGGAUUCUAUUGGCUGGAUGUUCUCCAAGCUGGAUACUAACAAUGAUUUAUACCUGGACCAGGCCGAGCUGGCAGCCAUUAACCUGGACAAAUACGAGGUCUGCAUCCGGCCUUUCUUCAACUCUUGCGACAGCUACAAGGACGGGAAGGUCUCCACGGCCGAGUGGUGCCUCUGCUUCUGGAGGGAAAAGCCUCCUUGCCUGGCUGAACUUGAGAGGAUCCAGGUUCAAGAGGGGGCCAAGAAGAAGCCUGGCAUGUACGUCCCCAGCUGUGAUGAAGACGGCUACUACCGGAGGCUGCAGUGCGAUCAGGGCCGCGGAGAGUGUUGGUGCGUCGAGCAGCACGGCGGAGAGGUGACGGGCUCCCGUAUCCAUGGACACCCCGACUGCGAUGACCUGAUUGGAUAUUCGGGAGAUUUUGGCAGUGGCGUGGGAUGGGAGGAUGAAGAGGAGAAGGAGACGGAGGACAACGGGGAAGAGGCGGAGGAGGAGGAGGAAGAGGAGGGGGAGGCAGACGACGGGGGAUACAUCUGGUAGAGCUGAACCCCCGACGAGGAACCUGGUCAAGACGGAUCCAUUGUCCUACAGCUACAGGGAUGACGGCUGAGACUGUGUCCUGAACUGCACUCUGUUCCCUACAGUGCCCGCCUGUCAACCGAAGGCCCAAUCUGAUCACCAAGAGCUUGGCCCAUGUAAGGACGCUCAUAUGUCCUGGUCAGAACUAGAGCACUAAAUAGGGGACAAGGAGCCGUUCGGACUCAGCCUCUCUUUCCCCUGGCAGCAAAAGAUUUUGGGGAUUUUGGGGUUGGGGCACGGAAAUCUAUCCUCUGUGGGGCCGGGGAGUUGGGGGUAGUGGGGGUUAACCGUCCGGGGACAGUGGUGAGAUGACCAGUUUUUGUCUUAAAUAUGUGUAUAGCUUCGUUCUUUUACGUUUUGUGAGCAAGAGAACUUUCCGUUUCUGCUGUCCUGAAGAACAGCACCUACGCAGGGGUAUUCAACUUUGACCCUACCAGGUGCGGACCGUGCUGGUCUUUUGUUUGCCUUGUUUUCAAUUGCACCCAGCUGGUGUCUCAGGUCUAUAUAAGUCCCUGAUUAGCGGGUUGCAAUGAAACAAUGGAGUGGCACUGGAUUGGAGGGUCAGAGUUGAAUACCCCUGACCUACAGCAACAACCUAGAUAACCGUCAUCGAAGAACAUGUCCAGCUGUUAGAUCUGUAUCAUAUAUUCAUUUCACAUUGUGAUCAAUUGCUUGAAUAUUUCAAUGACCGGUUAGCUCAAACUGGGAAAUGGUUCAAUAUUUACGUGGUUAUGGUGGCAAAAUCAGAGUUGCUGUAUAUGUGUGUGUGUAUAUAUAUAUAUAUAUAUAUAUAUAUAUUUACACACACACAUAUAUAUAUAUAUAUAUAUAUAUAUAUAUAUAUAUAUAAAUCCUGUAGCAAUGAUCUACAGAGCCAGACAGAAAGACAAGCAGCAUCCCAAAUGACACCCUGGUUCCUAUUUGGUGCCCUACAUUGGAUCAGGGCUCCUGCAGCUCCACAGGUCAAUAGGGAGCUGUUUGGGGUGCGGAGUCUGUGUCUUUUCUUUCUUUCGGGCCGAUUCCACUACUGACAGACAUUAUUUCCUCUUUAACAGUUUCUCAUGAAGCAUCUUUCUUACUUUGAUGGAUUGUGUCAAAGUAAUGUUCCUUGUUGGGUAGUUAGACAAAAUCAAGGUGUUUCACGCAUUAUGGUCAAAGUACAGGGAAGGUUUUGCGCUGCUUUAUUUGCUUAAGGUAUACUGACUGAUGACUCCGGACAGUCUGAACCGUGAAACUCGGUAGACACAGACACAAUGACUGCUAUUACCUGUUACGACACGGCUAUGAGACGUCACCAAUCGUGUUAUUAACUCAGAACUUGUAGAAUGUAUACUUUCCCAUCAACAAACACCACCAAGUACCACCCUGCUCACUACGUAGUGCACUACUUUCAUCCAGGGCCCAUAUAGCUCAGGUCAAAAGUAGCGUACUAUAAAGGGAAUAGUGUGCCAUUUGGGACAGGCCCACUCACUUACCUGCAAAAAUCACUUCAGAGAAUGUGCCAGUUGAUGUUCUAUUCUUAGGAUGCUACUUGAAUCUGUAUUUUUGUGUUUAUAAAAACAAUGUGUAUGUUAUUUGAAUAUCUUUGUUUGUGUGUGUGUGUGUGUGUGUGUGUGUGUGUAUAUUUGAAUUCUUAAUGUUAGAUUUUUUUCUUUCUCCUCUGAGUAUAUUGCUGCCAUUUGUUGCUAUGCCAACAUCCGUGGGGUCGACGGUUGGUUUUAGUAUUGCAUGCUGUAGUGAACAAGAAUGUACUUCUCCUAGGCUGCACACUUUACUAUUAAAGGCUUUGGGCCCCAAACAUGG